AUGGAACAAAGGAACAAUGUAACUGAAUUUGUCCUCUUGGGACUCACUCAGACUGUCCAGGAUCAGAAAAUAUUAUUUGCCAUGUUCUUACUCAUCUACAUUGCAACCAUGGUGGGAAACCUACUCAUUAUUGUGCCUGUAGUGUUCAGUCCAACCCUCGAUGCUCCCAUGUAUUUCUCUUCUUGGCUACCUAUCAUUUAUACUCUUUACCGACUGAGAUACAAUGCUGUUUAUUCUACUACAGUCAUCCCAGAUAUGAUAGCAGGCUUACUGUGUGAGAAGAAAAACAUUUCCUUCCAAGCUUGCAUGACUCAGCUUUUUAUGUGGCACUUUUUUGGUGGUGCUGAUAUAUGCCUUUUGGUCGUUAUGGUCUAUGACCGCUAUGUGGCCAUCUGCAAACCCUUGCAUUAUUUGACAAUCAUGAAUCAGCAAGUGUGUGCUCUGCUGCUGCUGUUGGCCUGGGUUGGUGGGUUUUUACAUGGCGUAUUUUAUCCUCUCUUUGUUUACAACCUUCCCUUCUGUGGCCCAAAUAUCAUUGACCACUUCAUCUGUGAUGUGUACCCCUUGUUAAAACUUGCCUGCACUGACACCCACAUCACUGCUUUCACAGCGGUGGCCAAAGAUGGGGCAAUGUCUGUGGUCAUCUUUCCACCCUUAGUCGUCUCCUAUGGGGUCGUCCUGCACUCCCUAAGGAAUGUUAGUCAGGAGGGGAGGUGCAAAGUCUUGUCCACCUGUGGCUCCCACAUUACCAUGGUGGUCCUCUUCUUUGUGCCCUGUAUUUUUCCAUAUGUGAGACUUCCUUCCACCUUACCCAUCAAUAAAUCCUUAACUGUGUUUUACACCACUAUCACCCCUAUGCUGAGCCCUCUAAUCUAUACUCCGAGAAAUAGUGAGAUGAAAACUGCCAUGAAAAACCUCUGGACCAGAGAAAGAAAAUGA